GGCUAUUAUAUUUCCCAAUCUUAGUUUGCCAAAACCAAAACAAGGUUGGAAGCUAUGGUCACUCUACAAGUUGUGUGCUUGACAAUGCUGUAUGAUUAAAACAAAGUUAUUCCAAGUCCACCGUCCAUCGACAAAAACGCUGAGGACGAGCUAAGAAAGGCCGUCAUAGUUUAGUUUUAUGUGCGGUAAAGUUUUUCUGGAACGGAAAGUGAGUCUAAGACCACAAAUGGGAAUUCAACAAACUUGUAAGGGCACUUAGCGGGGGAACACUUCUGGCCAAUUUUAUUCUUCGACAUAGCAUUUCUUACAUAAUUAAGAAUUAAACACUAGUACGUCACAUGUAGCCCCAGACUUGGGCCAGUCGACUCGUUUAUCAUACGGAGGGUCGUCAAGUAAGGCCCUCUUCAGCCGCCCAGGCACAAUAUCCUGUCCAGUUUAACGUUGUGAAAAAAAUGGCUCGGGAUUUCGGUUUCAUCUUUAAAGCGAGCACUUCUGUAUGGAAAUCCAUACCUUAUUCCAGACUUGUAUUUGCCAGUCUGCAUACUUCGCCAAAGUGUGACACUGCCUGUGCCAAUUCAACGUGGCGUUUCCAUUUGUGUACCUGCAGGCUGCAUUGUUUGCUUCCACAAACGACACGGCUUUUAACGUUGCUGUAGGCAGCCUCAACAUGCAGAUUGUGCUCCUCGUUGUUUGUGUUCUUUUGCUUACUGUCAUCUGGAUCCGCCGUCCACGAAACCUGCCACCAGGCCCGCCGGCAUGGCCGCUCAUAGGUAACACUCGCGGCCUGCGGAAGGGCCCAUUGUACGUGGGUCUGACUGACUGGGCCCGGCAGUAUGGGAGCAUCAUGCGUAUCUGGAUGGGACCUCAGCUGGCAGUUGUUCUCAGCGACAUCAGUGCCAUCAAAGAAGCGCUCAUGAAGCAGGCUGAUUUUUUCUCCAACAGAUAUGUCACUCCGAAGACCAGAAUCCUUUUGUCGAUCAAGGGAAGUUUCAUCUUUUCCAACGGUGAAGUUGGGAAAGAGCGGCGUCGUUUCGGGUUGAGCGCCCUAAGAACUCUCGGCAUGGGCAAGAAAAAUGUGGAGCACAAAAUCAACGAAGAGGCUCGCCAUCUCUUAGAGAGCUUCGACAGCCGACGAGAGAAGCCCUUUGACCCAGAGCACAACAUCUUAAACGCGGUCUCCAACAUCAUCUGCAUGAUUAGUUUUGGCUACCGAUUCGAGUACUCCGACCCCAAGUUUGCCCGUCUCAUAAAACUCGUCAAGACUGACCUGUCCGAUUCAUCAUUCGCCAUGCUUGGUAAUCUCUUCCCGUUUCUGUUGUAUACGCCUCUGUACAGGGAAACACGCAAACGUUCGAGAGAAAUUGCUGUCUUCAUCAAAAAGGUUAUCCAGGAACACCAGGAGUCAUUUGAUCCCAACGACGUCCGUGACAUAAUUGACAUGUGCCUUCUUGAAAUCAAACGAUCAGAGAAGAUGGGGGCGGUGCGUGUCGACGUAGAACCCAUCUUGUCCGAAGAGAACUUUUGGAGAGGUAUAUAUGACCUCUUCCUUGCCGGCACCGACACUACAGCAAAUACUUUGAUGUGGAUAUUGAUAUAUAUGGCGCUAUACCCUGAUGUGCAAAAAUCAGUGCAAAAGGAAAUCGAUGAUGUCAUCGGAUCCGACCGGCAGCCUACGUUCGAAGACCGAAAGCAAAUGCCAUACACGAACGCCGUGUUGAUGGAGACGCAACGCGUCCGCCCCGUAGCACCCAUCGCAAUACCGCAUGAGACGCGACAAGAGACCACGUUAAUGGGAUAUACUUUGCCAGCGAACACAAUCGUGUAUGCUAAUAUUUGGGCCACUCUGAAUGAUCCAAACUGCUGGAAAGACCCGGAGAAAUUCGACCCCUCCCGAUUCCUAUCCAAAGACGGCAAGACAGUGGAGAAACCAGAGGCUUUUAUUCCAUUUGGUCUUGGUCGGCGCAUUUGCAUGGGAGAGGCACUUGCUAGGAUGGAGAUGUUCCUCUUCUUUGUCAACCUCCUCCAGCGAUUCACGUUCUCUUUGCCUGCUGGCAAUCCAACCCCAUCUCUGGAGGGUAUUGCCGGUAUCACUUUGGGGCCCCAACUUUAUGAAAUUAUUGCUACUAAACGCUGAACCUUGUUUAUCCUUCAAGUUAUAUCAAUGAACGGUAAGAAGUUCAAAUUGAAAAUGGCACGGAAUGUUUCAGAUGAAAUCACACUAUGCCGUAUUUUCUUUAAGAAAUAACUUCGAGUUCCAGUGGUUUCAUCGAAAGUAUUUAAAUCUCUCACUUAUAUCAGAUAACGAAAACUUUAUCUUGGUAAUUUCUUGACACAGAGUGUCAAUAUUGUUGUUUUGCAGAUCAAGACAGGUGUACAACAUUUGGAAUUGCUGUGGAAUAAUUUUCUGUACUCGUAAGCCUUGAGCCAUUGUAUUGACAACAUAAUUCAGUUCUAAUUACCCAAUGAUCUUUCCGAUAACCGAUAUGAUUGUUGACGGAUGGAUAUACAAAUAAUGAAUGUUUGUUCAUUGCUAGCAUUGCAGUGGUAAGAAUGAUUUUAUGAGGUGAUAGAUUAAAUUGUCCAUUUCACUCGGCUUCGCACUGUGGAAUGGAACCUAUCACCUGUCAUCAAAUAAAACCACUCUCCCCAUUGCACGGCUGUGAACCAUUCAUGCUUUGUUGCAAUAUUUGAACAAAUCCCUAUAAUAACCUGCUCUGGAUAAAUUCAAUGCCAUAUAUAUAUCGGCCGUGAGUUCAGAAAUUUCUCUUGAUCGAGGAAUGCAUGUUCUAUCUACUGUGUGACGAAAAAUUCAAUAUUAUGUCACGUGAUCAUUAAUCCAUUUACAUGUACAUACAUGAGAAGGUGACGGGUAUUGCAGGCACGGUAACAAAAUUUAAUACGUGUAGCAUGCAGUCAGUCGUGCCCAAAUAUUUGUACACGACCAUCCUCAACUCUCGUGUUGGUAUUGCAGGCAUUAAAGAUUUGGAUAUUUGUGAAUUUUCAUUUUCAGCGAUCUUACCAACAUUUAUGGGGAGCGGUUGACAAUUUAUAUAGCGUGAGUCGUUAUUUUAAGAUAAAAGAUGGUUCCUAUGGUCGAUAAUAGUUUUAGUUUAGUCUGAAACAUUAUAUUAACGUUCAAGGAUUGUCAUUAAUUUGUCUUUCGAUAAGCAUGCUAUUGUAACCUAGAUUUUGUGUAGGAGUUUCUUUAAAUGCGUGUUACCGGUAAUUUGUCAAGGUUGGUGUCGGGUAAGAACAACUGAUUCGUUUUUGUCAUGGAUUUUGGUUUUUGAUUGCAGGGUCUUUGGGUUCUAGUUCAGGGUUUGGUUUUGGUCAUAGUAAUUGGUUUGUUUUUGAAGAUCAAAACGGGUUGUGUAACCUGGCUAUAUUUUAAGUAAGUUUAUGGUUUAUCAUCCACAUGUAUGUCAUGAUACUCGUAUUCUGGGAACCCGUGCUUUUAUUCAAUCAACGCCUGAUAACACUAAUCUAGUAGAAGUUGAAUUGCUAUCGAGUUCACUUAUUCACUACUGAAAGGCUUGGCAGACCGUUCCAACUGCGUUAUGCAGAAGAAUGCAUUCUUCAAAUUUUAAAGUGUACACUAAAGCGUGGAUUAGGCUUUAUGCCCUGGCAAAGAAUGAGCAGUCAUUCCUUCUUGGUCUCUGCUCACUGCACCAGCCUGGUUUAUGUUAACUUGUAUGGCCUAUAUAUACUUGGGCGGCUCUGUACAUGCAACCGGCAGCUGCAGGAAAUGUGUGUACAUGUACACUGUCAGCAAUGACCAGCGCUUGUUGGAGGUCCGAUUAAGGAACAGCCAAUUUUUUAAAUAAACUUUUAUUAUGAACACAUUGGACUCUUGGAGAACUUGUCAUCCUCACUACUCAUAAAUAACUGUUUAAAUGGUCAAUUGUACGUAUUGUUGAGAAAUUACCAGACGUUAAAAUGAAAUAAUUUUUCUUACGUGCAACACCCUGAUCUGAAAAUUAGGAUUCCCCUUGUGGGUAGUUCCUGGUUCCUCAUGCAUGUGCUUAGUUCGUUCUUUUGUUUGUAGUAAAAACCCCUGCAUUUAUGUUAUUGCACUCGAUGGAAUAUUUCCCAUUCAACUCACUGAGCUAAAUACGAAUAAAAACAAAUCGAAUUCAGUUGGAAACUCUCA